AUGGAGCGAAUUACCGGACAAGUAAGCAAACUGGAUCCUAAAGUCCUGGUCAAGUUAUUUCCAGAAUAUGAUCCUGAAAUACUCCAGCGAAAGUCAACACACGUGGAUGUCCUGCUGGGCUGUGAUUACUUCGGUCUCCAUCCAAAGCAAGAAGAAGCUAGAUGUGGUGACAAUCUAAGUAUCGUGAAUGGAGCAUUGGGGAUUUGCCUCCAAGGCGCCCAUCCAGAUCUGAUCGAAGAAACAAGGUAUGACACCAAUCUCGCAAAGAAAAUACACGAUGUUAACGUGAAAGUGGAGACAUACAAGACACGUUUCGACUCACGUCCAGAGUUCCAUCCCAACCAUACCAGAGAAUGUUCUGUUAAUGUAUCGAGUUCCUAUAGUCACCGAAAGGACGAAAGCCAGAUUGACAAUUUUAUACAAGGAGAAGAACUUGCCACCGAAAUUUCUCCACAAUGUAGUGGAUGUCGCUGUAAUAAGUGCCCUACUGUCGGACACACUUACUCUUUCAAGGAAGAACAGGAAGUAAAACUGAUUCAAGCAAACCUCGAGUACGACGAAGUAAACCAAUGCUGGAUAACCAGUUAUCCCUGGCUCGUAGAUCCACAAUGUUUACCCGACAAUUAUCACACUGCACUUGCUACGUUAGAAAGAACUGAAAGAACGCUUAAGAAAGAUGAUCAAUGGGCUAAGACGUACAAGAGCCAAAUGGACGAUAUGGUCGAUCGUUGUGUAGCAGGAAAACUAUCAUCCGAAGAAGUAAAGAGCUGGACUGGCCCGGUGUUCUAUAUCUCCCAUUUAGCAGUUGUAAACCCGCAUUCCAAUUCUACGCCCGUGAGAAUUGUGUUCAACUCCAGCCAAACGCACAAAGGUGUUUCAUUAAAUGCUUGUCUCGCAAAAGGUCCAGACAGCUACAUGAACAACUUGGUUGGUAUUCUUCUACGUUGGAGAGAAGAAAGAGUAGCGCUAAUCGGAGAUAUUCGAAAGAUGUUCAACUCGGUUUAUUUGAAGGCCUUGGAACAGCAUUGCCACCGUUUCCUAUGGCGAGAUUUACAGCCGCAUCGCCCACCGGACAUUUACGUAAUACAACGAGUCAAUAUGGGCGAUACACCAGCCCCCGCCAUCAGCACAGAAGCUGUCUACAAGACCGCGGAGUUUUAUCGAGAGGAUGGUCCACAAGCCGCAAAUCUCCCAAAACAUUCCAGUUACGUGGAUGAUUUGAUUGACUCGCGUCCAAGUAAACCCGACGCGUUAAAGAUUGCCAAGGAAUCCGAGGAUAUCCUUGCCAAAGGAGGAUUUGCUGUAAAGUGCUGGCAAUUCGGUGGCGAAACACAACCUCGCUUGAAAGAAGAGUUGUUAAAAUUGGACCUGCCAGAAAAGAGUGUUGAAAGCUCAGACCAAAGACUAAUAAUGUUAAAAGGAACUGACGAAAUCUUACGAGUGCUCGGUCUGGGAUGGAACCCAAAGAAAGAACCACUUCCCGGUGAAAAGAAAGUCCAUGUUGCAGCAGCAUCGAGCAUAGAGGCAUUGUUGAUCGACUAUGAACGAUUCAGCAGUAUCAACAAAGCUAUUUGGGUCGUCGCCAGAUUGCUAAACAUUGCGAAGAAGAAAAGUUUUAAAGGCGGAAGGACUCUGUCCAUCUCGGUUAAGCAAUUACAAGAAGCCGAGAACUUUAUUGUUAAAGAAGUUCAGAAAUCAUUUGAAAGUGAACUGACAAAAACUGACCGCAAAGGCAGAAAAGGUGGUCGUUUCGCUUGUUUGAAUCCAGUCCAAGAUGAAAGUGGACUCUGGGUAGUGGGACAGCGCCUGAAGAACUAA